UCAACCUCUCGCUGUUUGAUUGCUUUCCCCGAGUUCGUGCGCGUUGUGAAAUUCCGGUGUUUCGGUGCCGGCUGCCGCCGCGGAAAGUUUGUGCGAUUUUUGAUUCUACAAGCGAUUAUUCUGGGCUGCAAAACCCAUCAUCAUGGGCCAGCACGUCUCGCGAACGGAUUUCGAGUGGACGUACACCGAGGAACCGCACGCUAGCCGGCGGAAGCUGAUUCUGGAAAAGUACCCACAAAUCAAGAAGCUGUUCGGAUACGACCCACAAUUUAAGUGGGUGGCCAGCGCUAUGGUGCUGAUUCAGUUCGCUAUGCUGUUUGUCAUGAAAGAUCGAUCGUGGAAAUUCAUCUUUCUCAUGGCUUACUGUUUCGGUGGAGUGAUUAAUCAUUCGCUGAUGCUGGCAUGUCACGAGAUUGCCCACAACCUGGCGUUCGGGCAUGCGAGACCGAUGGCCAACCGCUUGUUUGGCUUCUUCUGCAACCUGCCGAUCGGGCUUCCGAUGUCGGUGUCUUUCAAAAAGUACCACCUGGAGCACCAUCGCUAUCAGGGUGACGAGGUGAUCGAUACCGACUUGCCGACCUACGUUGAGGCGAAGCUUUUCUGCACCACGCUCGGCAAGUUUUUCUGGGUCUGUCUGCAGCCGCUUUUCUACAUCUUCCGGCCACUUAUAGUCAACCCUAAACCGCCACAAAAGCUUGAGCUGGUCAACGGAGUCAUUCAACUUGCUUUCAACACGGUCGUCGUGUACUACUUCGGUUGGAAGGUGAUGGUAUAUCUCAUAGUUGGAUCAUUGCUCGCCAUGGGAUUGCACCCGGUAGCCGGUCACUUUAUUUCGGAGCACUACAUGUUUGCGAAGGGAUUCGAAACAUACUCCUACUACGGACCACUCAACUGGAUCACCUUCAACGUCGGUUAUCACAACGAGCAUCACGAUUUCCCGGCCGUACCGGGCCGGUUGCUACCGGAGGUGAAACGUAUCGCGCCCGAGUUCUACGACGACAUUCCGCAACACACCUCUUGGACGCGCGUACUGUACGAUUUCAUUACCGAUCCCGCGGUCGGUCCAUAUGCGAGGAUUAAGCGAAAGGCUCGUGGAUUGGAUUCUUAAGUCCUAGGAUAUUACAAUAAUCAGAAAUUGACGAAUUUCAACGGCAGACACACCCGUCUGAGCAAUACACACGGACUACCAUUCUCGUUAAGGAUCUGUUUAUGCCAUGGGCAGCAAAAUAAUAAUUAGAAGAAAUCUAUACCGCCCCCCAAACACAGGGUAGGGGAAACAUACGAAAGUAUUGAACAAAACAGCAGAUGCUGACAAAAGGAUGUGCCUUCGCUAGGGCAACCUUUGUAAACUAGAAGUUCAAUUGGAGUUUCUUUUUGUUUAGGUUCCAUUUUAUCUAACCAAAAUUGUCAUGCUGAGCAGCAGCAAUCAUCAUAUUUUUGUCUCUUCGAUUUAAACUUGCAAUUUACAUGCACCAUCACCAUCCAAGCACGUAGAAUUGGAUUGAAGUCAAUGGUGGGCCUGCAGAACAGCAGGAAACAGUAGGCUGUUAUUUGUACCAAGCAUUACCUCACGCUGCAAACGCAUUCAAUCGAUCGCGUUUGCCAUGAAGUCCUCUAUACUUUCGUCGAUUCGAAAUUGAUUGCUCUUGUUUGGGCAGCACUUGGCUAGCUUAGCGUACCAUGCAAAUUGCAAAAUUAGUCGUCGUGCACCGUGUAAGCACUGUGCGCCAUUGCAUCGACUAGGAUAGGAUAACCAAAUUUUCAACGACGAUUGUUAAUUAUACCGCAACAAGGCACCGUUACAACGUGAGUGGCUUCCUUUUGCUAUUUCGCUUUACAUGUGUAUGUAAGUAUGUGUGAAUGUGUGUAUGUGUGUUAUUGUUUAGGAAAUUAACGGGAAUUUUGAUACAUGUAGAACGUUAUAUGAGUGUUGGCGUAUGUGUUACCGAUCGAGAAAGAAUGAUUGUGCGCUGGAAAAUGGAAUAAAAUCCUUUCGCAUCGCAACAGCUGCCCGAAACGUCGUCCAGUGU